AGGGUGUGUGUACAUUUGCUAUUUUGCAGUCAUUGCCUACUGGUUAUAUACAAGGCACAUAUGAUGAAGCAAACAGAGAAGAAAAUAAAGAGAAAAACAGAUAUCCCAACAUCCUUCCAUAUGACCAUUCCAGAGUUGUGUUGUCACAGACUGAUGGAGUGCCAUGUUCAGACUACAUAAAUGCAUCAUAUAUUGAUGGUUACAAGGAGAAAAACAAAUUUAUAGCAGCACAAGGUCCCAAGCAAGAAACAGUAGCUGAUUUCUGGAAGAUGAUAUGGGAGCAGAAAUGUGUUACAAUUGUCAUGUUAACAAAUUUAAAGGAAAGGAAAGAGGAAAAAUGUCACCAGUACUGGCCAGAUCAAGGAUGCUGGACAUAUGGAAACAUUCGAGUUGCUGUAGAAGAUUUUACAGUCCUUGUAGAUUACACAAUUCGAAAGUUUUGUGUACAGUAUCAAGCAAGUGAUGGCACUAAAUCCUGUAGAUGUGUUACCCAACUACACUUCACCAGCUGGCCUGAUUUUGGUGUGCCUUUCACCCCCAUUGGAAUGCUGAAGUUUUUAAAGAAAGUGAAAAUGGUUAAUCCCUCAUUUUCAGGACCUAUUGUUGUUCACUGCAGUGCUGGUGUGGGAAGAACAGGGACAUUCAUUGUUAUUGAUGCCAUGAUUGACAUGAUGCAUACGGAACAGAAAAUAGACGUCUUUGGCUUUAUUUCAAGGAUACGGGAUCAAAGGUCACAGCUUGUUCAGACCGAUAUGCAGUACUCCUUUAUCUACCAAGCUCUUUUGGAAUACUACCUCUAUGGGGACACGGAGCUAGAUGUAUCCUCUUUAGAAGGACACUUGCAGAAGCUUCACAGUACAUCAGCCCCUUUUGACAGAAUAGGACUGGAGGAAGAAUUCCGAAAGUUAACAAAUGUCCGAAUAAUGAAGGAAAAUAUGCGGACAGGAAACCUUCCAGCCAAUAUGAGGAAAAACCGAGUGCUCCAGAUUAUCCCAUAUGACUUUAACAGGGUCAUUCUUUCAAUGAAAAGAGGUCAAGAAAACACAGAUUACAUCAACGCAUCUUUUGUGGAUGGCUACCGGCAGAAAGACUAUUUUAUUGCAACACAAGGUCCCUUAGCACAUACGGUGGAUGACUUCUGGAGGAUGGUUUGGGAAUGGAAGUCUCAUUCAAUUGUAAUGCUUACAGAACUCCAGGAGAGAGAACAGGACAAAUGCUUCAAGUACUGGCCAAGUGAAGGUUCUGUAACUUAUGGAGAAUAUAGUGUAGAAUUCAAGGGUGAUAUCCUGUGUGAAACGUACAGUGUCAGAGACUUUAUUCUCACCUUCAUUCCAGAAAAACAAACUAGACUUGUCCGACAGUUCCAUUUUCAUGGUUGGCCUGAAAUUGGAAUUCCCACUGAAGGCAAAGGGAUGAUAGACAUCAUAGCAGCUGUACAGAAACAGCAGCAACAAUCAGGAAAUCAUCCAAUUAUUGUGCACUGCAGUGCUGGUGCUGGAAGAACGGGUACUUUUGUUGCCCUUAGCAAUAUACUGGAGCGAGUCAAGGCAGAAGGUCUCUUAGAUGUUUUUCAAACUGUCAAAAGUCUGCGUAUGCAGAGGCCUCACAUGGUUCAAACAUUGGAACAAUACGAGUUUUGCUAUCGAGUAGUACAGGACUUUGUGGACAUUUUCUCAGAUUAUGCAAACUUUAAAUGAAAUGUCUCGCUUUAACUACAACGUUGGAUUCCUUCACUGUUUUAUUACUGUAUGACCUAAGGCUAAACUUUGCUAUGCACAAAUUCUUCAUGUAUGUAAAUUUGUUUAAAAAAUUGUCUUGUACUAUUUUUCAGGAUGAUUGUAAGUGCCAGAAAAAGAAAUAAUAGAUAAGUUUUAUUAUGUAAACUAACUUAACUGAUACCAUAAAAUCUGAUUGUAUUCCAUUACGUUUAAGAUAUAUGUAGAUAAAACUUUAUAGUAUCUGGUUAAUGUUGUACAUGCUUUUACUUUAAUAUUUAGCAAUUUUUCAGCAGCUGAGAUAAUUUGAAAUUUAAGAAGUGAACAAACACUGGCUGUAUUAUUUGAAGCACUUAUGCAGAAUAUUUAUUUAUUGUUGUCUGUAAUCUGAUUUCUGUACAGAAUUACUUGUACAGUAUAUUGUAAAAAAGUACAACUCUGGAAUGUAUAUAUAAGUAUAUAAUUUAAGAUAGUUUUUUAAUAAAUUAGUUAACUAGGACACCUCAUAUGAAAACUGUCUAGAAAGUUAUAACUGAUAUCAUUUUUAUAUAUUUGUAUAUAUUUCCAUAAACAGAGAAUGAAAUGGUGUUUCUCUUACAGGUUUUAAUAAGAAAGAGAGUUCAUAUUAAAAAAUAGUAAAACAUAACAAAUAACAUUUAAUUUAAAAGGGCUGUACAUUAUACAAGUGGGUACAUAAACUCAAUUUGAAGUAAAAUUGGGCAUUUUGUCAUUAUUUGGUACUGUAAUAUAAUGAAACCCACGCCAGAUAACCUAAGUUAGCACAUACGUUUGAAGCACACUACGUGAUGUACACUGCCGUGUAAUGAUACUUUUAUUCUUCUAAGUGAAGUUUGUAAUAUACAAAAGUAAAUAUCUGUUCAUUUGUAUAUAGUUUUUGUUAAAAUGCUAGAGCUGCAAAGUCAUAGUUCUGUGGGAGCAAACUGCAGAUAUAUAUUUUUACAACUGUGCAUUCUUAUACUUAUUUUUAACAUUUUUAUGUUGCAUGAAGCAGUGCCAUAUUGUGAUUAGAAAUACUUUUCUGAUCAGGUAGGUUAAAAUGGUCACUGAGUGACUGGAAUUAUUGUGAGCAGACGUACUGUAUUUGUAAUGAAAACUAAAAAGCAGACCAUUUGUGUAAUAUUCUUUGUGUUGCAAUACUGCUAAUCCAAUGCUGACUAAACAGAUGCAAUUACAUUUCCAAAUAAAUGAACUGCUAAAGUUCAGAGGUCUUAUUUCCAAAUGUAUUAUAGUUAUAUUCAGGUUUAACUUUUGGCAAUGUGUGUCAUGUAAGUUGGGCUUGGUCGUUGCUAUGUUUCAUGUGUAACUUAAUCCAUUUGUAAUUUCUAUGUCAAUUAAUGCCUUGAAGAAUGUCUCUGUAUAUGCAGAAUGCAAUAUCAAAUACAGUCCAAGAACCCAA